CUCCUUCCUCAGGCGGGGCCAACGGUCCCGUGGCAACGGCUGCGCGCGAGGCGGCGGCGGCCAUGUCGCGGGUGCUGCUGAGGGGGGCACGGGCCCGGCCCCGCGGCCCCGCCGCUGCCGCCAGGAAGGGGCCGAGGAAGGCGGCGGCCAGGCGGGACUGGGACAGUACUGUCCAUGACCUGACAGUCCACCGUGCCACGCCUGAGGACAUCCUGCGUCGCCAUGAAAUACACAAAUCAAAAAACAAAGCACUGGUCCAUCUAGAACUGCAGGAGAAGGCUCUGAAAAGAAAAUGUAAGAAACAAAAGCAACUGGACCCCGAUUCUUUGGAGAAGAGGAAAUUGGCUCUGAUGCGUGAGAUUCUCUCUGAUCAGUACCAUUUGCAAGAUGUAUUGGAACGAUCUGAUGAGGUCAUGGCUGUGGCAAAACACUUGUUUGGGGAUGCUCCUCGCACACGAACAGGUUUCCCUAAUGUAACAGUGGCUCCUAACUGUGACGUAGAAUCAUGUCAAGGACCCAUCAUACAGAAAUGCGAUCCUCCCACUGAGCUUUCUAUCCUUAGUGAAUCUGUCAUGGAUUCCCAGGCUCUUAAUGAAGUGCAAGAAGAAGCAUUAUCCAUCUGUCCAUCAGAAGAUGGACAGCAUGAACCUCUGAAUUUCAAAUCCAGCGUCAAUGCUGACAGGCUGCUUCAGAUACUGAGAGAAGAAAAUUCGUCGGUGAAUUCUCGGUUGUGGGCUGAAAGGGGUAUGAGAAGAACUACCUUAUCACAAGAAGUACCUUUGACUCCAACGACUUUUUCUCCAUCAUUGGAUCGUUCAGCCCUCAACGCUACCAGUGUAGUCAAGAGAAUCCAUUCAAGACUUCAGAAUGAAGAUGAAGAAGAGACAGUAGACUCGACUUACACUGUGAGACAAGUGCUGAACCCAAACUCAGGAAAACAAAAGCAAAUUUCAGCAAAAAUGAAAAGAAAGCAAACUGUACAGAACUCAGCAAGACAGAGGAGAGAUGAUUCUCUUGCUCAUUCAAUCCCCAUUGACCUUCAGAGGGACAAUAAAUCCAGCCUAGAUGUUCUCAGCUGUAUGUUACACGAGGUGGAGCAUGAACUGGAGGAAUAUGAGCGAUGUACAGGCCGUGAGGUCCAAAAAGCUCAGAGAAGUGAAGGCCUCACCGGAUUUACCUUGUCCCUGGUGAAUGCUCUCUGUCGAUUGAUGCGCUACCUCAAAGAGAGUGAAAUACAACUGCGUGAGAAAGAGUUGAUGAGGCAACGUCAUGAGGAGAUGUUGAAUGAGCACCGAGAACUGAUUGAUGCUUUGACUGCAGAAAUACUUCUAGCGAGGGAAGAAAACAUUACUAUACAGAAGAAACUUCAGCAAUACAUGAUUGUAACAGAUGAACAGAUAACCUCUCUCACUCAAGCAUUUAAAAGUCUCCCUUUGGUAGAACCUAGAAGAGAACAAAGUCCAAACCAUUUUGGAACUGCAAGCAACAGUCCAGCAAAUGGCCAAGAAAAAACUGAUUUGAGCUGUUUUGAGCCCAGGAGCAAUGAAGGCAACAGGGAAAAUAUGCUGAAGUUACCACAAGAAGAACUGCCUUUCAAGUUUCCUCAGAAGCCAAGUGCCUCAAGUGGUGUAGGAGCAGGUAGAAGCUUGCCGGCUCACAUCUUCCAGCCAGCUGUCCUGUUGUCACCACCUCGUCAGAAGAGCAAUCAGGAAUCGUCUCCCCUCCAGAAUGUAUUUACAACAAUUUCUCAGUUUACUGAAAACACUGCGAGAGAACCAGGCAAAGAAAAGAGCUCACCCUCCUCCCUGAGAACACAGAGCACAACUGAGGAAACCAAUCUUAUCACUCAAAGGCAACCAAUUCCUACUGCAGACAAAGACUUGGAGAGUUCCCAAGAGAAAAUCAGUCUGCCCUGCCCAGCUGAUGCCAGAAAAAACAGUGCAAUUGAAGAGUUCUCUCAAAGUAGUGAUCUGUUGGGACAGAUAGCUGAGCUUACACAGCAGAAUUCGCUAAUUAAAACUCAGUUGAGCAAAUUGAGAAGCUUCUCAGAAGACAAAAGUGCCUGCCUACAUCAGCCAGACUCGAUGCAAAAUACAAAUCCUAGUUCAGACUCUUCACAAGGACAGACUCAUCUUGUGGCAACGAAGAGCUUGGAAGAAAGAAUAGCAGAGCUGAAUCGUCAGAGUACAGAAGCACGUGAUAAACUGUUGCAGCUAAUAGACCAGCAGAAAGUAGCUGCUGCCGAUCUGGUCUCUCCAAUGAUAUCUUCAGUUCUGCCCCCAUCCCUAAAUUAUACGGAAAAUACAAGGAGGACGAUUGAAGUGUCUAUUCCUGUGGCAGCUUCUGUGGACAGCUCCAAAGAAGAGAGUGUUUCCCCUGCCAGUGUGACCAGUGUGAGAAGGUCUGUAGGGGACGCUAGCAAACCUUGUUCGCCCCUAAGUGCCAUGUCAGAAAGUGUGAAACUAACUCCUGUCAGUCAAAGGCCAAAGGCAGAAAAACAAAAAGAAGAAGGUUGGUUCGCAUUGUCAAUGCAUAUUAUGUAAAGGAAGCUGCGCUCAAGUCCUUUUUUUAUUUUAAUUUUCUUAUGAACAGCAAUUUAGGUCACUGUGGUCACCCUCUCCAGAUGUGCAGUUUAACUCUGGAGUGCUUUCAUGUCAGUAUAAAAAGGUCAAUAUGGGAUAAUACCCCAUGUGGCAUGAAUACAAGAAGGAAUUCCUGGGAAUGAGUUUCCAGACAGGAUGCACUGCAUCACCCCUUUUCACUGAAGCUGCUGUAGCAACACAAAUGGGCUGCACACUGAUCUGAUACCUGUAUUACACAUGCUGAAGAAAGAAGGAUCUAGAAAAUGUGUGUGGAACGUAACAUUUCUGGAGCAUGUAUUUGCACAUGACUCGGGAUUGAAAAAAUUCAAGAAAAACAGAGAUGAGGGAAUUCACAUAUAUUCAAAAGCAACCUGGAGAUUAGGAAGCCAGUCUGUUCCUGCUGGAUGAGAAUUUGCUUCAGAAAUAAAUGAAUUUUUUCCUUCCAUGUUUACAGUUGCCCCCAAGAUUUGUAUUUUCUGUGCAGUUAAUGUAUCAAGGAUAGCUUCUGGACUUGAGGAUCUCUUUUUAAAUUUUAUUUUUAUAGUAAACGUAAAGUGGCUAUUGGAAGUUGAAAUCAGAAUCUCUGUUAUAUACUAAAUGUGAUCUUUGAUACAAUAGAAAAAUUAUGUAAAUUAUAUUAAGCUCUUCUACUGUGUGUAUGUAUAAUACUCUAAUGACCAUGUUUGCACAUUGAUUUUAUUUGACAUUUUAAAAAUAGCUGUCAUUUUAGUAUUAAUGAUUGACAAUAAAAUACAUUCAUUCCUUACAUUAUAGUAAACCUGAGCAAAAAACUUCACAAUUGAUUUUUUUUUUUUUUAAGAAAUAAAAUCCAGACUUACAAUUUUUUUCUAA